AUGAGAAAUCACACAGAGAUUACAUUAUUCAUUCUGCAGGGACUAACAGAUGACCCACAGCUUCAAGUUUUGCUUUUUGUCUUUCUCUUUCUCAACUACAUAUUAAGCAUAAUUGGGAACCUGACCAUCAUCAUCCUCACCUUGCUGAAUCCCCACCUUAAAACUCCCAUGUAUUUUUUUCUCAGAAACUUUUCCUUCUUAGAAAUAUCACUUACUUCUGCCUGUAUUCCCAGGUACCUUUAUAGCAUGUCAACAGGUGACGAUACCAUUUCCCGUGAUGCUUGCUUUACUCAAAUAUUUUUUGUCAUCUUUUUUGGUGCAGUAGAGUUCUUUCUCCUGGCCACCAUGUCCUAUGAUCGCUAUGUGGCCAUCUGCAAACCUUUGCGGUAUACAACUAUUAUGAACAGUAAAGUUUGCAAUCAACUCCUUCUGUGUUCUUGGGCAUCUGGGCUGAUGAUCAUCCUCCCACCACUUAGCCUGGGUCUCCAGUUAGAAUUUUGUGACUCUAAUAUCAUUGAUCAUUUUGGCUGUGAUGCUUUUCCCUUGCUGAAGAUCGUGUGCUCAGACACAGAGUUCAUAGAGAGAAUGAUUUUAAUAUUUGCUAUACUGACACUCAUCAUCACCUUACUCUUGGUGGUUUUGUCCUAUGCCUACAUUAUCAGAACAGUUCUCAGAUUCCCCUCUGCCCAGCAAAGGAAAAAAGCCUUUUCUACUUGUUCCUCCCACAUGAUUGUUGUCUCUAUCACUUAUGGUAGCUGUAUCUUCAUGUAUAUGAAACCUUCUGCAAAGGAAGGAGUAACUUUGAACAAGAUGGUAUCAGUACUAACAACAUCUGUCACCCCAGUGAUGAACCCAUUUAUUUAUACUCUUAGAAAUAAGCAAGUCAUUCAGGCCUUUAAAGAUUUAAUUAAGCGAAUUGUGUUUCUCUUAAAGCAGUAA